AUGGAGUUCUUCAGAGACGCCAGCGAUGCGACGAGAGGCCUUAAUUUACUAGAAUCUCCAAGGCCCUUCGCUGGAUCUACGCUCGUCCUGCCUUCAGUGUCCGUGGGGAACGUAGGCCAGCUCACAGUGGACCUGCUCCUUGAAACGCUGCUACAGAAGCAGCACCAACAGAAGCAGCAGGAGCAGCAGCAGAGCCAGGGAGGCUAUAGCAUCGCACGUGUGGGUUGGUUGGAGGAGCCCAAUGUGCUGCCAUGUGCAGGCAACGACCCCUACAGCGUGGGAGGCAGGGGAGCCGGAGGGAUGGGGCUGAGUGCACCAGGUAGCUUGACAACAGCCAUGGAAGUCUUUCUUGCAGUGCCCAAAUCGCAGUCAACCUCUCCUCCUUUCACCGAUGCCUUCACCAUUAUACAGCAACGAUCUCCAGUGGCACUGGGCAGGAUGGAGGAAUUCUCUCGCAAUCUAGCCACCUGGGCAACAUCACAGGCGUUUUCUCGAGUGGUGGUUCUUUCUGGAGCCGAUGCGCAGCGAAGGCUACCUCCUCAAAUUGAUGGGGACCAGUUUCGUUUCCUCCUUGUAGACCCGUCCCUGCCCCCGCCCGCCUCCCCUCCCUCAUCUUCCUCGCCUGAACCAACUCAAUCUGCAUCGUUCAGCACGUCUCUCCUUCAAUCUCUUGGCUGGAAACCUCUAGAGAGCUGCGAUCCAUUUGGUGGCCUUCCCUCUGCUUCCUCCUCGCUUCCAACGGGUGCUGAUGGUUCUGGAACAAGCACAGGGGAGAGAGGGAAUGAAGGUCACAUGGAGCCAGAACAAGAGGAGGCUGUUAUGGCAGGGGAAGAGGGUGAAGAGGAUCCGGGGCCGUUGAGGGGUGGUGAAUGGGGGCCUGAGCAAGGACUAAAGUGGAAAGCUGCCUUUCUCCGCAUCUGCAUUGCACUAAGACAGAACGCCUCACUGCCCUUCUGCCGUCAUCCCUACUCCCAUCUUCUGCUCCACCAAUCGCUGAACCUUCUGGAAGCAUGGAUGGUAUGCAUUAUGACAGGCCAAGCGUUCCCUCUGUCGACUGGUGUGUCCCCCCUUCUUGGGGCCACCUUUCAGCUCUUGCAGCAACUCCUGUUUCCCGAAACCGCCAAAGCCGGCCCUCUGCGCGCUGCUCUCUUCGGUAUCAACGGCGCGCCAGGCAAGAUGGGGCGCGCGGUGGCGCAGUCCGCCAUCGCGGCGGACGUGCCGAUCGUGCCUUUCGGGCUGACGGGCCCAGGGCUGCCCAAGGAACGGCUGACGUACAACGACGACGCGUCCGUGUUCGUGGACGUGUUCCCCUCCAACGAGCGCGACGCCGUGCUGGCGGAGGCGCGCAAGGAGUACCCGGAUCUGAUCGUCGUGGAUUACACGCUGCCGGCCGCCGUUAACAGCAACGCGGAGUGGUACAUCGCGAACCGCGUGCCGUUCGUGAUGGGCACGACGGGCGGCGACCGCGCGAAGCUGGCGGCGGACGUGGAGGCGAGCAGGCUGCACGCGGUGAUCGCGCCGCAGAUGGGCAAGCAGGUCGUCGCGUUCCUCGCCGCGCUCGAGACGCUCGCGGAGCAGUGCCCGGGCGCGUACGCGGGUUACAAGCUCAAGGUGGUGGAGUCACACCAGUCGUCCAAGGUGGACACGUCAGGCACGGCCAAGGAGGCCGUCCGGUGCUUCCAGAAGCUCGGGGUCGAAUAUGACGUUAGCAUGAUCGAGAUGGUGCGCGACCCAUCGGAGCAGAUGGCGCGCAUGGGCGUGCCAGAGAACUACCUCAACGGCCACGCCUUCCACACCUACCACCUCGACUCGCCCGAUAACACGGUGUCAUUUGAGUUCCAGCACAACGUGUGUGGGCGCAGCAUCUAUGCCGAUGGCGCCAUUGAUGCCGUGCUCUUCCUCGCUCAGAAGAUCAAGGAGGGAGACACCAGCAAGACACUUUUCAACAUGAUUGAUGUUCUCAAAGCCGGGAGCAUGCGUUGA